GACUGAAAUAGUAUCGCGCCAUAUUUAAACUGAAUCGAUUUUGCUAGGAGAUUUUAUUGAUUUAAUUUGUAUUUUAAUAAUAAAAUAAUAGAACGGUAUUCAUCGAUAAUGUCGGACAUAUCUAGUAGUACCAUAUUACCUAGUAACAUUUACGAGGAAGAACUAAAUGAUGAAACCACUAUAGAUAUGUCGUAUAAAAGCUUGGACACCAUACCAAAUAUUAAUGCGAAGUCUGUAUGCGUGCUUUAUCUACAAAACAACAACAUUUCAACACUUCCUGAUGAUUUCUUUCCAUCUCUACCGAGUCUCAUGUGGCUGGACAUGAGAAAUAAUAAACUAACUGAAAUUCCUAAAACUAUUCAGGAGCAUCCUUGCCUAUCCCACCUAUUACUUCAAAAUAAUUGCUUAACUUCAUUACCCAACGAAUUAGGAACGUUAGUUAACUUAAAAUUACUGCAAUUGAACGGAAAUCCUCUUACAUACCCACCUGAAGAAAUAUUACAAGCCGGCACUUCAAAAAUAAUGUCUUAUUUACACAACAAAUAUAUGGACGCCAUAUUCACUCAUUCCCAGUCAGAAUUGUCCGAAGAUACCGCUAGCACAAGCGGUGUUUUCCCUGAAAGCAUUUUCAGCCAAAAAGUUCGUAGUUACAAUUCGGUCAUUGAUCAAGCCCAGUUAGUAAAAAGCAAAACGUUGUCUGUGAAAUUCAACGACAAGGAGGAUGCUUCGGAAACGGAAGAAUACUAUUCGAAAUUUAAAGGGAAAAAAUGCCCAAGGUUGGCAGAGAGUCGUAUUAGUUUCCCGCCAAAACAGAGCGCCAAGUAUCUUCGGCCGUUGUACGCGCCAAGUAAGCAGGAACAAGAUGCCAAGAUGAAGAGGAGUUAUUUGAAAGAGAUGGCCCUAAAGAAACAUAAAGAUUUUCUUGCGACCAGUGACAAGAUUUUACAACAAAGAAAGAACGCGGAGCUCCUACGCCAGUGGCAGCGUAACUACCGCGACUGUAAACAACUGGUCAGCGGCACUCACAACCCCAGUUUCCCCUACGACGUCAGCCCGGAGUACAUGACGCUGCUCUCUCGGGAGGAUAUUGAGAAAGACUUGCCCGAUAAAUAUAGGAAGAAGAUUGCGCGCAGGUCCAAACCAACGAUCCCCAGAAAAGGCACCAGCGACGUCCAUCUUGCGCUAAGAAUCAAGCAGUUGUUCGACAAUCUCGAGUCUAUAGACCUCAACGGGGGGUCCAUGACGCCUAGAACUGAACAGAAGGUGCUGCUCAACGAGAUACAGAAGAUCACGGAAAUAAAACAAAAGCUGAUGGAGCUGUCCGGCGCGAACGGGAGAUCUGUUGAAGCAGAUUGAAACUUAAAUAUAUGUGUUAAGGUCUACAUUUCCAUCACCGAAGACGCUUACGACCUCCAUCUCAUACAUGCACCUCAUUGGCCGAGUGAUGGCGUUACGUGAUUUUAAACUUUUAGGUUCGGAUGAAAAAGGCUAGACACAAAACCUACUUAAGGAGAUUUUUUGACUGAUCAGUGAUGACAUAAAAAAAUAUAACUAUAUUCUGGCAAACCCAAUUUGUCAGUAGAAUAAGGCGAUGGUUCAAAUUUUGUAUAGGAGUACAACCAUUCGCUACAAUUUUUUUAAUUUGCCGCUUUUUUCUACUGACGGAAAUGGCUUGCCAAACUAUAACUGCAUACAACUACCUACAUAAGCUACGCCAGCAAACCACUUAAGAUUUGCCGUAGUAGAAAGAUAAUUUUAAUUAAUUCAGUAUCAUACAACUUAAUGCUUGUAGGAGGACAAGCUUAUAAACAGAACAAUUUAUAGACUUUUUUUGUAUACCCUGUUACCCUGAGAUAAAUAAAACGAAUUAUUAUAUUGUAAAUGUUUAUUUCUGAUUAUUCUUUAGAUGGCCGGCACCAUUACAUACAAAAACAAUGAUAUAGGACGCUUACACAAGCUAUCAUGGAUACGCAAAGCUUGGCAUUUAUGUUUAGGUCCAGUUGCACAAAAUCUCAUUACAUUUAAUGUCUCCAUUGCAAAGAGAAUUGAUCGUAAUAGAGAAGUAAACUCU